AUGAACAAAGUAAAUAUUUUCAAGUUUACUUCAUAUUUACAAAUUUUCAUGAUCUUCUUUGUACUGGUUCUGUGUAUGAAUAAUAGUCAUGCAUUGACAAAUGAUAUUAAUGAUUCAGAAUUUUUUGAUAAUAGUGAAGAUGAAUUAGGAUUUCCUAUUAAUCAACAUAAUUCAGUUGAUAUGAAAAAAUUCAUUCCUGAAAAUAUUGCAUUAAGUCGAGAUAAUGUUUGGUCUCGUUUAUUUCACAGUGAAAUUAGUCAACCACGAAUUACAAGUCGUUCAAGUUAUCCAUCAAAAAAAUAUGGUCUUACGUUUCCAAAUGGUCGAACAUACAUUAUACCAUUUGAUAAACGUACAAUUCCAAUUAAACUUCAGAAAGCUUUUUUUGCUCAUGGAAUUGUAGGUCGAUGA